CCUAAAUCCAGCCCUAGCAUCACAAAUACCAUUUCAAGGAAGGCAACUGCAACGGCGAGGCAUUAACCAGCGGCAACAUCUUGUGGCGUUUGUUGGUGUAGUUUGUUGUUGUACCAUUCGAGGUCCGUCCAUGGGCGCCGCGGCAUCCACAGUCCGGUGAAAAUGGACAAAGGCCGUGGGAGGCUGCCGCCGAAUUAGCAGUGCUGGAAAGUCCACACACGACAGUGCAAAUAUUUGCUCCCAAGAAGAGCUGCCCCCCAGAGAAGGAAAAGAAAGGAAUCAGGACAAAGCCUUGCCGAAAAGGAGCCACAAUAGACAAGGAAUUAGCCAUAAAAGCAGGCCAUUAGGACAGCCAGUAGAUCCCGCACCCCGGCUAUCGACUUGGUCCACUUAAAUGACCGAGUCCACCCAGUUGCAGACGGCGGAGAACAACAACGCGGGCGUGGUGAAAAUGGAGCCCCCGCCGCCGGCGACCUCCUCCGCCUCCGCUGCUGCCGCCGCCGCCCACGCCCUCUCCUCUCUCUCCUCCCUUUCGAUGGCGGCCACCGGCUCCGCCCUAUCGCCAGCCACGCCUCCUCCUUCAUCGCUUAACCUCUCGGCCCAAAACCAACAGCAGCACUAUGCCCUCAAAUGGAACGACUUCCAGAGCUCGAUCCUCAGCUCCUUCCGCCACCUGCGGGACGAGGAGGACUUCGUGGACGUGACCCUGGCCUGUGACGAGCGCUCCUUCACCGCCCACAAGGUGGUGUUGAGUGCCUGCAGCCCCUACUUCCGGCGGCUGCUCAAGGCCAAUCCCUGCGAGCAUCCGAUCGUUAUCCUGCGGGAUGUGCGCAGCGAUGAUGUGGAGAACCUUUUGAGCUUUAUGUACAAUGGCGAGGUGAAUGUCAGCCACGAACAGUUGCCCGACUUCUUGAAGACCGCCCACCUGCUGCAGAUCCGCGGCCUGGCGGAUGUCAACAAUGGGGGCUACCCCUACUCCAAGGCUCUCUCUGCUGCCUUGAGCCACAACAACAAUAACAACAACAGCAGCAGCAACAGCAACAACAGUCUAAACAACAACAAUAAUAACAUUAACGAAAACAGUAAUCAGAACAAGAUUGGCAACUACCUUUCGGCUUCUCAGCCCCUGAACAGCAACAACAACAGCCACAACAGCAGCAGCAACAACAACAGCAGCAACAGCAACAACAACAGCAGCAGCAACAACAACACCAGCAGCGGAUCGCUGAACAGCAGCCUGAACUCGCCCUUCAACGCGCCCCAGGUGCCCCCUGCUGUGGCAGCAAACAGCGCUGCAGCGGCCGCAGUCGCUGCUGCCUCUCUGACCGCUGCUGUUGCUGCAGCCGCCGCCGCCAGUAGUGCGCCCAGUGGUGUGGGCGUGGCAGGAGGCAGCGGCACGCCCGCCAUCCAGGAGCUGAAGGCAUCGUCGGCAGCGUCGCCCGUAAGAAAAUCCAAUCCCAAUCCCGUCAAAGCCAACAGCAACCACUGGGACCUGGGCGAGAUGGAGGGCAGCCGGAAGAGCCACCUGACACCGCCGCCCCAGAAGCGCAUAAAGAGCGCCGAUCUGUUCCGAGCCCAGCACGGCAUCAGUCCGGAGCGACUGCUGAUCGAUCGCGACUUUCCCGUUGCCGGACAGCAUCCUCUGACCCGGAACCGUAGCGGCAGGGACACGUCCAAGGAUCGGGAACGCAAUAUGGAGCUAAGGGAAUCGUUGCUGGGACAGGCUCUGGAGAAUAGCAACGGACAGCAGGCCAAUCAGAAACACGAUCUCGGACAGAGUGCCGGCGAGGACUCGAACAGCAGUGAUACGGAGCCCUCGGAUCGGGGUGAUGGCCAACACGACGGCACCCUAGACGGCAUCGACAAUCAGCGCUCCCACUCGUUCCCCAAUGCAUUCCUCGGCCUGCAGGGCAUUCCCGGCCUUCUGCCCGGGCCCUCCGGCAUUGGCAGUGAUUUCGUUUCUCGACGCUCCCUGGAGAUGCGCGUUCGCGCCACCGAUCCGCGGCCCUGCCCCAAGUGCGGCAAGAUCUACCGCUCCGCCCACACGCUGCGCACCCAUCUGGAGGACAAGCACACCGUGUGCCCCGGCUACCGCUGCGUCCUGUGCGGCACCGUGGCCAAGUCCCGGAACAGCCUCCACUCGCACAUGUCGCGCCAGCACCGCGGCAUCUCCACCAAGGACCUGCCCGUCCUGCCCAUGCCCAGCGCCUUCGAUCCGGAGCUGGCCUCUCGCCUCCUGGCCAAGGCCGGCGUGAAGAUCUCACCGGCGGAGCUGCGAGCCCGCGCCUCUCCCACUGGCGGAAGCGGCAGCAGCGGCGGCGGUGGUGGCGGAGCCGGUAGUCAAAGCAAGCUUGACCUGAGCAACGCAAGCGGAGGACCCCUGGACGAUGCCGAGGACUCCGACGACGAUCCGGAGGACCUGACCACCGGCAACGGACUCUACGGCAUGGGCGGCAGCAGCAGUGAUCUGAGUCGCUACCACGAGAGCCUGCUGAGCAACUUCGGCCACGCCCGGAUGCGCAACGAGGCGGCGGCUGCGGCUGCCACGGCAGCUGCCUUGGGCCAGCAGCCCAAGGACCUGGGCGUCCAGAUCCCCACCAGCAAUGCUGCGGGCCAGUCCCUGCUGGACACCUAUCUGCAGUUCAUCACAGAGAAUUCAUUCGGCAUGGGUAUAUCCCAGGAGCAGGCCGCUGCCGCUGCCUUGCGCGCCAAGAUGGCCCAGCUGAAUGCCAUGGGCCACAGCCUGGAGAGCCUGCCGCCCGGCCUUCUGCCCGGACAGUUCGAUCUGAGCAAGUUGGCUGCCGGCAAUCCGGCCUUUGGCCAAGGCGGACCCGGAUUGAGCAUUGAGCCCAUCCUGCGCCACGACCAGGGACCCGGAAGCCUGUCCCCGCACGGCCACGGGCCACUGGCCCUGAACUCCGGAACCGGACACAGGAUGCAGGGCCAUGACGAGGUGGCAGACCACGACGGCGCCGAGAUGCGACGCGACGGCUCCGAGCCAAUGGAUCUGGGCCUGGACAACAACCAGUCGGGCAGCAACCACGAGGUGGCCAACUCCGAUGCCGAGGACAACUACUCCGAGGACGAGGGUGUGCACAACACAUAAGAGCAGGGCAUGAUAGAGAUGCCAAGGACGACGCCAAGACCACGGACACGAACCAGGACAGCACAAAUGUAUACCGAUUACCCAUGGAACACAUGUAACGAGUAGCCUUAUCCUCAUGUAUACCAGUUUUUGUGUACGAUACGAUACGAAACAAUACGAUAGUGAAACCUAGGACUAAACCAUAUAUUGCGCUAGUAGAAUUCAAUGUUGUGCUUUUUAAACUAAACCUAUACGGAUAUACAUUAUGUAUUAUGUGGGCCCGUAGGCCUAUAUGGUAUGUUUACACAUACACGAGUACCUGCUGUGUAUACAAGUCGGGGAAGAUGUCAGGGGGAGCCCAGCCCCCACCAAGGACUACAAACCAGAGUAAAGAUCAUUAAAAGCUAAAGCCUAGAUUGUUAAGUUAGAUUUCACAUUGAAAGCGAAGCCUGUAAAUACAUAACUACCGAUUAUAGAAGGAGCAGCAGCAGCCCCCAAACAAUCCGUCGCAUUUAACAUAGAAAGGAUAAACACUGACGCAUGUUAGCAGUGCGGAUAAUUCAGAUGUGCCAUGAUGCAUGCCACCAGCCACAAAGACAACAGCCUUCCAGUUCCAAGUCUAGCCACUCCAAACUCUCUCUCAGGAACUCACGCGGUCAACCGAACUACCUCAGCCUCAGACUCGCCGGAGCUGAAACCCUGAAACGAUACCUUCCACGAGUUGUCCCAUUCUUGUCUCCGGAAAACUUGCCAAUUUUCAAACGCACAUCGUACGCAUGUGCCUAGUUUUAGGGAUCAGCAUAGAGGAAUACUUUACUUGAUUAUUUAUACAACUGGGAAUGCCUGUACUUAUUUGUCAGAGAGAAUUGAAUACCUCAGCAUACUCAGCAUUCGGUCAUGGAUCCCCGUUCCAUCCGUUAUCCAAUGCGAACCACAUGCAUUAGAGUACAUAUACUACAUAUUGAUAAUUAAAAUAUACAUUAACUAGAGUUAGCUAAGCAAGACAUAGAUAGAUGUAACCACGCGUUUCCUGUAUGUAUUUAGUUCGAAUAUGCCUCAGUUAAUCCUAGGUUUAUGGUUAGCUUCAAUCGAAGAUGAGCAGUUAGACGGACGGACAGACCGAGAGACUCUACAAGAGUCGCCUACCACUUGCCUUACGACCAACAUAUGUGUUACUUUAGUAAUUUUCUACCUCAAUUAAUUUAAAUGUAAUUUACCUGGAUAUUUAUUUGUAAGUCUUGCAAUAUCGCACUCUCGGAUACUGUUUCAAUUCAUUACCAAGGACCUAUCUGUUAUCCUUAUGUCCAGUCAGCAGACACACAUAAAUAAUGUAUGAAUAAACAAGAUCCUAAGUACAUGCGAGUAUGUUUAGAUUUUAGUUUUUAAUCCUCGGUUCUAGACACUUUUCCCUCCUCUCACUCUCGCUAAGGUUUUUGGCGCAGGGGGAGUGCAAUAGAUUGCAUUUUCCUAGGCUUGAAAUGCAUUUAAGGCUAAUGCAAUUCGGUUAAGACGUUAGUUUAAAAAUCAAAUGAAAAACAAUUAGUUAAAAGUCGUUACAUAAGCAAUAUAAGUAGACAUCCAUGUGCUUAGAAAGUUAUAAAUAUUUAUUGACACU